AUGAAUAUUGAAAACGAAUUAAAAAAACAAUUCGAAGAACUGAAAAAUAAUUCAGUUUUAGAGAAAAAUCAUUUACAUAAUGUUUAUACAGAAGAAAAAUUAGAAUUAAUAAAGAAGCAAGAAAAUCUCACGUCGAUGAAUCAAGAACUACAAAUGCAAUUACAGAAGAUUACGGAAGAGAAACAAAACUUAACUAUCUUGUUUGCUGAAAAAGAUGAUGAAAUAAUAAAAUUGCAAGGAGAAAUUGUUACAUGCAAAAAUAAAAUCGAGAAUUUGUUAUGUCAUAAUACUGAAUUAAGUGCAAAAUAUGAAAAAUCUAUAGAUAAGGAAGAAAAAUUAUCAAAAGAAAUACAAACGAAAACACAGGAAGUAUAUAAUAAUAUAUUAUAA